CUCGUUGGCGCCGGGCGUGCGUUGCGGGCUGAGGCGGAGGGAGGGGGUAAGAUGGCGGCGCCCGUCCUGCUGCGAGUGUCGGUGCCGCGCUGGGAGCGGGUGGCCCGCUCCGCGGUGUGCGCGGCCGGCAUCCUGCUCUCCCUCUACGCCUGCCACCUGGAGCGGGAGAAGGGCCGCGACCUCCACUACCAGGCCCUGUGCGACCUCAGCGAGCGGGUCCGCUGCUCCGCCGCCAUCACCUCCAGAUGGGGUCGAGGAUUCGGUCUGUUGGGUUCCAUCUUUGGAAAGGACAGUGCAAUAAAUCAGUCAAACAGUGUUUUUGGACUCGUGUUUUAUAUACUACAAAUGCUACUUGGUAUGACAGCAAGUGCAGUAGCAGCUCUAAUCCUCAUGACAUCCUCCAUAGUGUCUGUAGUAGGGUCAUUGUACUUGGCAUACAUUCUGUACUUCGUGCUGAAGGAAUUUUGCAUUGUCUGCGUCAUCACAUAUUUGCUGAACUUCAUUCUCUUUAUCAUCAACUACAAACGACUAGUUUAUUUGAACGAGGCCUGGAAACGGCAACUCCAACCCAAACAGGAAUAACGCCUGUUUGAACUUUUGACUGACAGUCUGAAGACCCAACUUCCAUUAAGUUUAUUUUGCAGUAAUUUUUUUAUUCUCCAUAUCAGACACUAUCCCUGAGAAUCAUAACUGAAUUUUUAAUUAUAAAAUUGAAGGGGCCCUAGAUAAUUUUUUGUGUGCUAAUCUUCAACUUAAAUGUGGUUAUGAAAGAAAGCUCUAAUACAAUCAAAGACAAGCUUUAACUUUACUUUGAAGGAGUUUUAGCCACAGCAAAACCUAGACUCUCUUCCCCCUCCACUUGUGAAGUGGAUAACACUUGCUAUAAAAUAUCCUGUAUAUAAAUUCAGGUAUAACAAGAUGUGAUCAUGACAUUAAAUAUUCUAGACUAGCAUUACCAUAUUUAAUGUUGCCAUGUUUACAGUAUGUGUAUUACUUUUUUUUAGCUGAUGGACUUAGAUUUGACUAGGACUUAUACUGUAAAUAAAAUUAGAAAUAUUGGUUUCAUCCCUGGAGAACUCACUGUACAAUCUCAUUAGCCUAGGAGCUGUCAGAGUGUUCAGCUAACAGUCGACUGGUACGAUGGAAGAAGUGACCUCUAUAGAGAACAUCGUGUUGCUGCACUCGCUGCUAGUGCUUUCACAAGAAUGAUGGUUGGGGUUUGUUCCUUUUUUUUUUUGUCUCGAGUAAUGAAAAUAGAAUUUAAGCUGAAACCUGAAGUAUGUUCAUUAAACCACAACUUCAUUACUUUCUGUACAGAAUGAAAAUAGCUUAAUGUGGUCAAUAGGAGGCUGCCACCAGGAUAUAAUAUGCAGAUUGGGGGUUGAUGUAUCAAAGGACUUAAUUUCCAUGCAGAGCUGUUUCAUUUUUAAACUGUGGUCAGCCAGCCAGUGUUACUAAUGUUUGAUGUUAAAUGAAUGCUGCAGUAUAAAAUUGCAAUUCGCAGUGGAAACCACUGACUGAGUGGGAUAACCAAGUAGUGCACUGAAGAAGCAGUUAAUUGAUCUUCGUCAGGAUCUUUGGUUUGUGCUAUAUUGGGAAGUGAACUUUAGGCCUGACACACAUAAGAUCCCUUGGAAGGACAACCUAUUUAGUGGGAUAAGUAAGUAAAUGUACUCUUGAAAAUGAAAUGUGAUAUAGUGCUAUCAUUGCUCUCUCUAAUAACUAAUUGGGGAAAAAAAAUUAAACUGCAGAUUUAAACCAAGGAACAAAAUUGUAAAUGUUGUUUCUGCACUCAGUAUUCUAAGGCUGAAUGUUAAAAGUGCCUUCUGUCUUAAAAUCUUAAACCAAAUACUUUGUGUUGAACUUGGCAGGCAGAAGUGUCCUUGCUUUAAAAAUGAACAAACAAACAAAAUUCCCAGCAAACUUGCUGGGCAUAGAAGAGUAUUAAGAGAUCCAUUUUAGUUUUUAGAUUGAGAAGUGGUAGCAAUAUUGUGUCAGUUAACUUAAAUCAAUGCAAUAGAACGUUGGUGAUGCGAUUUGGAAAAGCAAAAUAUUUGUGUUUCAGACUCUGACACCAAAAUAUAUAGGUUCAGCUUUUUUCUGUAAUUGGUGCUGUGCUGCUUUUUGCCCAUGUCAGCUUCUAAAUAUGAAGAAUUCCAACUGCGUACCCAUUUAUUUAAAGAAUUAGUUAAACUAAUUUUAGGAUAUUUUUUCUUAAACUUGAAUGUCAGAGAGACACUUAUGUUGUAUGGCUAAGUGGAUUAUAAACACUAAGUUGCUGAGGAUAAACUUGACUGUGAAACAUGCAGUGUUCCGUAGAGAAAAUAGAAAUUUUAGAUUGAAUUCACAAAAUAGUAUUUAAAUUACUACUGCAGUAAUUUUCUGGUUUGUAUCAAGGAUGUAGGUGGAAACUGCUUUUAUGUAUAGAGUUCUGUGGUAUGAGUAACAUCUGUUGCAUGUAACACUAAAUUACUUGUCCCUCUUGUCAGUUUUAGACAAUUCAUUAAAUGCGUUUUGUAUUGACCAGAGUA